AUGCCUGGGAGCAACAUGGGAUCAUCGAAAAUUCAGCCCUGUUCCUUACAUUCGUCCUCUGCAGAAGUUCUCUCUGUGUGGCAAGCUGCAAAAGAUGACCUUACCGCUCUCCUUAGUCCCAUAUGGGAUUUGGGUCGAGACUACGACAAUUGUGUUGCGACCGGUGACUGCAAUGCCCGCAAAACAGUACCAGAACCACACAUCCAUCCCCGCACAUUACUUGCCAAAAAUUCCUACACACCCACGUCAACGCUAGCACAAGCAAUCAUGCAGUCGUCAGUGCUCCUCACAGAACUCGUCAUAGUGCGAGAAUGGCUUCAUGAUACUGCACCACAACCGCAACAUCCAGAAGCCAGGAUACUGGAAAGAGGGUCUGGUAAAGAGCUAGAUACUGAUGCCAUGAACAGAAGUGAUGGACAAUCAUUAGCAGCGGAUGACGCCGGAUCUGAGAAAAUCCUAGCACAAGCGCUCUAUUCAUUUGUUCAUGCUAGCAGAAAAACGCGUCAGCCAUGGAGAGCUGCAAGUAUCCGCGGUUCGCUAUUGUUUCAGUGCUCUAGGCAUCAUCCGCGCAUCUCUGAUUUGCUGACAGCAAACGAGCAACGGGAUGACGCCGAGGAUGCCGAAGGGUGGCAGGGAAACCCACGUCGAAAAAUAUGGAAAUCAACAUGCGCAAGAGCAGCUCUGAAUCCCAACCUCCCCGAUCCAAAGCGCAUUCUCUAUGCAGCUCUCGCGCCCUUCCUGCAAACAUUCAGUGUCCUCAAAUCUGCAUGUCGAACAUGGGAAGACUAUCUGUGGGCGCAGGUCAGUAUCCUAUGCGAGGAGAAACAGACCGCAGAGAUGAUUAAACUAGUAUCACAAAAUAUGCCUUCGCCGCCAUUCCAAGAGGAAGAUGCAGCUAAGGAAGAAGAGUGGGAGAAGGAAGUGACAUCUACAUCGGACACACUAGGUAGCGUUCACGUGGAGGACGGUCCCACCGCAGACCACGCAUUCCAUGUCUCUCAGCUGGCCAUCAUCCCCGAUCGGAUAAACUUCGAUCCUGAAUCAUCAGAGUACCCUACGAUGACGCAUUUCUUCUCCCACUUCUGCCUUUAUUUGCGGAUGAUUGACAUUCCAGUGCCGCCGCUCGCAACCCAAGCUGCAGGCCAACGAGAGUUGAUCGCCAUGUGUGCUGGCGCACUAGGAGACAGCGCAGUCGAGCGAUAUGCGAUGUUCUUGACUUCGCUCGAGCUGACUGCAUACAUCAACGAACGUCGAUUAGCAUUGACUCGCUCGUGUAUGGUGGCAGUCGUCGCUGCUAAGCAAACAAUCGAUGGAGCGUUCGAGGGUGGCGAGACUUGCAUCUCACAAAACUCAUGUGCUGAACACUAUUUGCAACUUCUACCUCAAAUGAAGGGACUGCUCCCUUCUGUCAUUGCGUUGCAGGCCACUCCUUCCGAUAUCGAGCUCCUGCUACUUCGUUUCAUAGAGUGGACGACGUUCGAGGAUGGAUCGUAUGAUACUGCGCUAGGACAAGCUACCGAUAUUUUGCGGUACUUCCUGGGGGCUGGGAGGGUUUCACUUUCAAAGAACCUCUUCUUCACGAUCUGGGACAGUCUUGACCGAGUCGUUGAGUGCCAGAGUCUAGAGGUGUCGAUAAUGAACCGGGACACCAGGGCCGCUUGGUUGAGCGACUACAAGGGGCUCAUGGAUCAGGCCUACGAUGCCGUAGUGAAACUACUCACCUCGGAUUGGAUGAUGCCGGACGGGACAGGAGAACGCCGUUCCCGCGAGCUAACUCGGGUUCGGCAGAUAUACGUCCCCGAGCUUAUACUGCGACUGCAUGUCAUGCUCUACGCCUCUCGAGAGAAUUUGAAGCGCGCAUUGGAGCUUGCCGACAUUGUUGUGGAUUCGAGGUACAAGCUGCAUGAUGAUUUCUUACAUCUCGAUGGCCGAAGGUUUGGGGAGUACCUCGACGCUGUGCGCCGGGCGACGAUAGCUGGGUUGGAAGGGGGUGGAUCGGGUUCUUUCAAGAUUAUUCUAUCGUAA